CUUUGAUUCGUGUAGAAUCAGUUUUGACCAACUCGUUAAUGAAACGUGCAUCUCUAUUGUGCAUCCAGUGUUGAGUUCACUGGCAAGUUGUGCUCCAGUCUCCACCGCAAGCCUUACACGAAUUGGAAACUACUUGAAAAUUCUCGAUUGGCGAGUCUAUGACAGCAUCCCGAAGUUUGGGGGUUUGGCCUCAGGGUGGUGAAGCAGGAAUGCGAGCUAACUAUCAGAAGAGCUAGCAGUGACACUCGGCUAACGUCGAUGAAGAUUCGUGGAGUGAAGAGACUCCGGCAAAGUCGGACAAGUUGGACGAACAACAAAGUCAGCUGGAUGACAUCAAAACAUCAAAUCGACCCAAUCGAAUCUGACCGCCAUUUACUUCCGCAUUCCAGGGACUUGAACUAGCAGGUGUUGGCCAAAUGGGAAUAUGGAAAUAGUAUGUUUUCUGUGUGUUAACGAUGAUUAUGACAGAAGCGCACCCAUAUUUUGGUAUUAACCGGACCGUGCUUUUCCAAUAAGCCUCCACCAAACUAAGAAGACGAUCCAAGGAGAACAUUUGUCAGGUUGAGCAGAGCAGGAAUGGCAGGCGUGGUGGGAAGAGCGUGGGCGUGGCUGCGCCCCUGGGGUAACGGUCCUGUGUCGGAAAGAAGCGUGCUGGCCAAAGCUGAGGUGGGAAAGCCGAGUGACACCAGCAAAGGUACCGCAAGUCCAAAAACUUGGACUUCCUGGAUUUGGGGAGGAUGGAGUCGGCAAAAAGAAGAAUGUCCCGUGGAGGACGAGUACUGGGAAGCUCAGGAGAAGCUUCAGCCUGUGGAAAUCGAAGAUCUGGGAGCAGGGAAACAAGAACCACAAGCAGCUGUUCAACCCGUUCCCAAAUGGUGGACCAAGUAUCUUCCGACGGCUUCCCUUCCCUGGACAAAGACGACGCAACCAAGGCUCAGGCAACGGAAAUGUCACGUGAAGAGCAGCGACAUUGACGGGGAAUUCUCGGACUAUGGAACGCCUCCUCCAUCCCCGACGCGGCUUUCCAAGCUAACAUCUCCCUUCCGACUCUUUGUGCACAACAAGAACAUGCAGCUAUUCCCAGAGCACUACGAGAUCUGCUUUAACUUCCUGCGCCACUUGUUUGACUUGUUCGUGGUGGGAUUCCUGUGGAUCGUAUCGCCUCCCGUCAAGCUGAUUCUGGAGAUUCUGGGUCUCCAGGGACCGCUGAAGCUCUGGCUGCAUGGCAUGGCCAUGUUCUUUGUGUCUACGGUCGGAAUGGCAGGACUACUUUGGCUGAUCCAGGAGCAUCUCCCAGAGUUUGCUUUGAUUUACGGUAUUGUGCAAGCGUUGGUCAUCUCUGUCAGCGUCAAAAAGAGCGUGCUCUUUGGAAUGGAAGAAGAUGAAGCCGUAACGGAGGAGGACAACAAGGAAAUGGAGUUGAUGGAUGAAGACCGGAAAGAAAAGCUCAUCUGUUCCAAAGACAAGAUGAACGCAAGUUAAAAGCUUCUGGAGGAAUUCCAGCUGUCACGAGCGUCCUUCACCAUGGAGGACAUCACAGCAGGACGAGCAAGCGUGCACCACUUGGACACUGCACUGCACGUAUAUUAAUUACACAACACUUUCUUCUGUGCUGUUAGCUUAUCUUGUAGUUGUCACCACCAUGAUGACGGUAGAAGGUGGAGUACUGG